UAAUAUUCAGCUCCUGGAGUCUGCCUUGGAGCGGUUGACUCUGAACAGAACAACCGAAAACCUGGAUUGUGGAUCUCUGUGGCUUGACGCGAUUAUCAUUGGCUAUCCCGUUCUGAAAAAUCCACUUCCAAGAUUUCUUCUCGGAGCUGGAGAUCGUCGUCUAUAGAAAGGAGAGGAUUUCCUUCCUAGGUUGAACCAAUGACAGGCCGUCUCAGGCCAUGAAAAAGCAUUGCAAGGUUUUUUAUAUCUACUCCAAAACAAAAGACUGCCUGAAUAAAGGAAGAAAACCAGGUAACAGAAAUAAGACUGAGUUGAACACUUGCUUGCUUUGAAAAGAAAAGUGUUGUUGUCUGUUUGACAUGGCUGCCGUGGAUAGCUUCUCCCUCCUGCUCCGGGAAAUUGGACGGUCCUGCAAUUGUUACAUAGAGACGUUGGCGUUAAUUGGAGCCCUUUAUACAGCCAAGACCUGCUUCACCUUCGUGAAUGACACUUACACCCUGAUCAGGUUGCAUUUCAUUCCUAGGUUGGUUAGGAGGGCUGAUCUAGUCAAGCUGUAUGGAAAAUGGGCUGUCGUCACAGGCUGUACCUCAGGCAUUGGAAAGUCCUAUGCUAAAGAACUGGCAAGCCGCAAGGUGAACAUUAUCUUAAUAAGCCGGAACAAAGAGAAGUUGGAGGUUCUUGCCAAAGAGAUAGCCGAUACCUACAAGGUUGAGACCGCGAUCGUUGUGGCAGAUUUCAGCAAAGGCAGCGAAAUCUACCCAGCCAUCAAGAGUGCCUUGGCGGGCAAAGAAAUCGGCAUCUUGGUGAACAAUGUUGGCUUGUUCUACACCCAUCCAGACUAUUUUACCAAUCUGACCGAGGAUAAAAUUUGGGAGCUCAUCAACGUCAAUAUCGGGGCAGCUAAUAUGAUGGUCCAUAUGGUGUUGCCGGAGAUGGUGCAGAGAAAGAAGGGGGCGAUUGUGAACGUAUCCUCGAUGUCUUGCUGCCAGCCGACCCCUCUGAUGACGGCAUAUUCAGCCUCCAAGGCUUACCUGGACCAUUUCAGCAGAGCACUUCAUUACGAAUACGCUCCUCAAGGCAUCUUUGUCCAGAGCUUAAUCCCGUUCUUCAUCUCCACAAACCUGACAAAAUUCAGCGAGCAGCUCACCAAAAAAAAUUUCUUAGUGCCUUCCGCCGAAGAGUAUGCGCGUCAUGCUGUUACCACCCUGGGGAUCUCUCGAAGGACCACUGGCUACUGGCUACAUACAAUCCAGUUUCUCAUGGCACAAUACCUACCAGAAUGGCUCUGGGCCUGGGGAGCAUACCGACUGAACAACUCCUUGCGCCUAGAAGCCACUUCGCAAAGGCCACAUUAAGAACGCCGUCUGAAGGGAGGCCGACGUCUCGGUGACUGCUCUGACCGUAGUUCCAAAACCCCAGUCUCUUGAGUGGGAUUCUCUCUUGCCUGCUCCUGAAAUCAUAUCUGUCACAAAGGCUUAAAGAGACAGUCAGUCCUGCUUCUAUUCUUGAACAGGCAUGGGUGGGGGGAAAUCCUGGUUUUGUUGUAUGAUGUAAAAGCCCUUGUGUCCAUUAAGUACUAAGUGGUUCUUGUCCCAGUUAUGGGUCUGAAAUGAAGGAAUGCUUUGGAAGUUAAAGAAAAUUGAAGAAGAUGCUUCAGAGACGGUGUCAUUUAAGAAUUGCAGGCCAAGUUGAGCUGUACUGUGAAAGGACUGUUCAGGACCAACUUUUGAGUGUGGUGUACUAUAUUUUUUCCUCACGAACCUUUUUGUGUCUGUGCAGAAAUUCUCAUGUUUUAACUGGGAAAGUGGACGUGGUGUUACAAAAACAUCUGAAACCAUUAAAAGCGGGAAGGAAUAUGUUUUUGGUUUUAUGGUGUAAAUUACUUUUGAGUGAAUUGCUUGAGCAGUCUGUUGGUAUGACCUUGCUGUGUUUUGUAAGAUCAGGAUUACAGAGCUGUGAGGCUUCGGAUGAAAAUGAUUCUGUAUCAAGUUAAGAUUAUUACUUGUCUGUCUAGAAAUAUUUUGUUAGUCAUCUUUGUGUCUAUAGAUCUGUGGUUUGUAUGAAGCCUUGUUGCAGUGUUGAAAUAUUGAAUGUCUCAUUGAGU